GGAUACAAAAGUUUUGGAGACUCAUUGCUUUGGGUUGUUUAAUUUCUGGCGAGUUUCUCCUGACUCGGGUGAUUAUUUAGCCAUAAAAAUCUUUCACUUCCCUUACCUUCUCCUCUGAUCCCUUCCACCAACACCUCCCUCCCUCCAUUCCACAGCUCAGGAAUGCCAGGAACCUCACGGGAGCCUCGGGGCGCUGCUAUUAAUGAGACAACCCCGCUCCUAAACAAUAAUUCUCCCGAUUUACCCUCAUAUUCUGGCGAAGUCAACGACGCGACAGAUAAUGGAUCGUCCACCGUAUUGUCGUCGGACGAUGACCCCACUCUCCUCAGUCUCUCUCGGGUCAAUUCGCUCCCUCAAGGCUUAGAAAUCGAACCCAAUCUCGAGCGCAUCCCUUCAUUCACGAAGCCAGCACCGACUGAUCCAGAGGGGGGUGCCUCGAAGGAAAGCACCGGCUAUGCAUCGCGUUUCAUGAAUGUUUCGCCGGUGAGGUUUUGGCUGAUCUUCUCGGGCAUCUUACUGGGUUAUGUCAUAGGGUUCUUUGACUCAACCUUGAUGGCGUCCAGUCACCCAGUGAUUACCUCGCAUUUUCACGCUUCGAACGCAGCCUCGUGGUUGUCCACGGCGUUCCUGUUGACGUCGACUGCGUUCCUGCCUCUGUUCGGACGGAUCUCCGAUACGUUCGGCCGGAAGCCCGUGUAUUUGUUCGCGAUCGCCAUCUUCUUUCUUACCACCGCCUGGUGCGGGUCCGCCCAGAGUAUCGGGAGCUUCAUCGCAGCCCGCGCCUUUUGCGGGCUUGGAGCCGGCGGUGUAUUCUCCAUGGGAAUGAUCCUGUCCAGUGACUUGGUCCGCAUCGAAUAUCGCGGGGUUUACCAGUCCUACAUCAACCUGUUCCUCGGGGUUGGGGGCUGCUUGGGUCUCGCCUUCGGUGGAUAUCUGUGCGAUCAGGUAGGAUGGAGAGGUGCGUUCUACGUCCAACUGCCCUUUAUCUUCGUCUACUUUAUCGUCGCAGCGUGGACCACCCCGGCCGACCUGGGCGUGAAGACGGCCAGAGCCGAACGCAAGUCGUUCCGGCAGUUGAUCAAGCAACUUGACCUGGUGGGUUCGUUGAUCUUGGUCCUCGGGGUCACGGCGUUGAUUAUGGGUCUCAACCUGGGCGGCAACGUGUACAGCUGGACGCAUCCCGUCGUGAUCACGUCCUUGGUCAUGGCUAUGGUCUUGGCCGCCGUCUUUGUGCGCUACGAACGCAACGUGGAGCGCGCGGUCAUGCCGAUCUCAUUCCUGUCGAGGCAGCCUCGCGCGAACCUUAUCUUUGGAAACUUUUUCGGAUCCAUCGCAGUCAACACGAUGGUAUUCAAUGCCCCCCUGUAUUUCCAGGCCGUCAAGCUGGCGACCCCGACGGAGUCGGGACUGAGGCUAGUGGCGGCCACUCUUGCCGUCACCGUGUCUAGCGUCUCGACUGGCUUUUUGAUCACCUGGUCGAAACGCCUGAAGCCGACGGUGAUUAUUGGAGACGUCUUUCUUUUCCUUGGCGGUUGCGCAGCGGCUUCCAUGGGUAUAGGCACGCCCAAUGGGAUUGCCAUGAUCUGCGUUGCCCUCUGCAGUCUCGGGCAAGGGUUCUCCUUUCCGUCGUUGAUGGUAUCCGUGCUCGCGACCAGCGAGCCCGACGAGCAGGCCGUGGCGACGACAACGCUGGGCUUAUGGCGGAACCUAGGAUCCGUGAUGGGCGUUGCCACCAGCAGCUGGAUCUUCCAGAACACUUUGGUCUACCAUCUCGAGCGCAUGGUCACCGGACCGGAGAAAGACCACAUCAUCUUCCUUGUGCGCAAGUCCGUCCAGGCCGUAGCCACGCUGGACCCGACCCACCAGCAAGAAGGUAAGUUUGUUUCUCAUUGUUACCUGGAAUCCCUUGCAUGGAUGAGGCGUGUGAGUCACAUUUUCUAACAAAUGUGCAGUGAUUGGAGCGUAUGCCGCCGCCCUUCGUGUAACUUUCGGGUCUGCGGCACUCUGGGGCGCAAUGAUGCUCCUCAUGCACUUUCGACUCCGGUUGCCUCGAUUGGGCAGUAAGGCUUAAUUAGCCGACUGGUGUUCCCUGCGCACUGUCUGUUAUUUUACAUGAUAUGCUUACUGUAAGUGGUAGCUUUCUUCGGUUCUCCCAGUAGGCACUAGUAGUGCGGCAAGGGCAUUCAUUUGCAGCGUUUUGCAUGAGACAUACAAGAUCUUAUACGAUCUAGACAAAAGUUUGAGAUAUUUUCGGCCAUGACUUUAUCAAGAAUGACUACGAUGUAUAUACACUAUUGAAUGAGAAAAGUUAU